GCAGCGCUGGAGGGAAGUGCCAUGCUCCUCUCGCUUCUUGCCCUGUUUUGCCUGUGGCUGCGCCUGGCGCUGGGCGUGCGCGGUGCGCCCUGCGAGGCGGUGCGCAUCCCCAUGUGCCGGCACAUGCCCUGGAACCUUACGCGGAUGCCCAACCACUUGCACCACAGCACGCAGGAGAACGCGAUCCUGGCCAUCGAGCAGUAUGAGGAGCUGGUGGACGUGAACUGCAGCGCGGUGCUGCGCUUCUUUCUCUGUGCCAUGUACGCACCCAUCUGUACCCUGGAGUUCCUGCAUGACCCCAUCAAACCCUGCAAGUCGCUGUGCCAGCGCGCACGCGACGACUGUGAGCCCCUCAUGAAGAUGUACAACCACAGCUGGCCGGAGAGCCUAGCCUGCGAGGAACUGCCCGUCUAUGAUCGCGGAGUGUGCAUCUCGCCCGAGGCCAUUGUCACUGACCUUCCGGAGGAUGCGAAGUGGAUUGACGUCACCCCAGACAUGAUGGUACAAGAACGGACUCUUGAUGUGGACUGUAAACACCUAAGCCCUGACAGAUGCAAAUGCAAAAAGGUGAAGCCUACUCUGGCAACAUAUCUGAGUAAAAAUUACAGCUAUGCUAUUCAUGCCAAAAUAAAAGCUGUGCAGCGGAGCGGCUGCAAUGAAGUCACUACUGUGGUGGAUGUUAAAGAGAUCUUCAAGUCCUCUUUACCCAUCCCUCGAACUCAAGUCCUGCUCGUUACCAAUUCAUCCUGCCAGUGUCCACACAUUCUACCACACCAAGAUGUUCUCAUCAUGUGCUACGAGUGGCGCUCCAGGAUGAUGCUUCUUGAAAAUUGCUUAGUUGAAAAAUGGAGAGAUCAACUUAGUAAAAGAUCCAUACAGUGGGAAGAGAGGCUGCAGGAACAUCAAAGAAUGAUUCAGGACCAGAGAAAACUGACUCAGGACAAGAAGCAGCCAGCUGGUCGUACCAGUCGUAGCAACCCACCGAAACCAAAGGGAAAGCCACCUGCCACCAAAUCCAGCAGCUCCAAGAAGAGUAUUAACGCCAGAAGCCCCCCAAAGAGGACACACUCAAAAAGAACAUGA